UUAUCCGGUUUCCAGCUCUUUAGUACUGCCUCUCACCCACUCCACUCUAUCUCACCUCCUCUUCCGGUAACCCACUCUUCUCUCUCUACGUUUUCGUUCCAAAGGCCUUUCCCCAUUCGCUGAUCGAUCUUCUUCUUCGUCUGGUUUUCCGUUUUGCUUGGCCUCAGAUUUGGUCAAUCGGUUUCUAGCUUAACCGGGUUUCGGAUCGGGAAAUGAGAUUUUAGGUUUCGAGGUUACUUUUCAGAUUCAUAUGCGUGGUGUUUUUCCGGAUCGCGGGGUUCGUGUUCUGAUCUCCAUAGAAGAUUCGAUUCAGUUUGGCGAAGCAUGUGCAGUGUCUCUGAUAAGUUGGAUUCGGGCGGCAAUAGUUUAACUUCAUCUUCAGAACAGGAGAGUGAAUCUCAGGAUAAAGCCAUGAACGGUUCCAUCGGAGAAACAGAGUCCGAGUGCUCGUUCUUGGCCUUACUUGAAUUCGCGGCAGACAAUGAUGUCGAGAGCUUUAAGAGGCAUCUUUUGGAUGCUUCUCGUGUCAACCAGAUCGGUCUCUGGUAUUCUCGCCAGAGUUUUUUGAGAAAAAUGGUUCUCGAGCCCCGGACCCCUCUGAUGGUCGCUGCCAUGUAUGGAAGUGUAGAUGUUGUUAAGCUCAUUCUUUCAUUUCAGGAAGUGGAUUUGAAUAUGAUGUGCGGUUCGGAUAAAACUACCGCUCUUCAUUGCGCUGCAACUGGUGCUUCUGUGGAUUCCCUAGAUGUUGUCAAGUUACUUUUGAGCUCUGGGGCAGAUCCUAAUAUUCCCGAUGCUCACGGGAAUCGCCCUGUUGAUGUCCUUGCUGUGUCUCGGCUUGUUUCCAAUUCGAAAACUAUCCUUCAAGAGAUCUUAAAGAAAGAUGAGCCUAUAUCCGAGGAUCUGCAUGCUUCAUCAUCUAGCUUGGGUUCCAGUUUCCGAUCUCUAUCAUCAUCACCAGAUAAUGAUUCCUCCUUACUUUCUUCGGAUUCAGUAUCCUCUCCGACCAAGCCAAAUGGUGCUGAUGGGCCAUUUGUGUCAGAGAAGAAAGAGUACCCGAUUGAUCCAUCCUUACCCGACAUCAAAAGUGGGAUUUAUUCUACAGAUGAGUUUCGGAUGUUCUCAUUCAAGAUACGCCCGUGUUCUCGGGCUUAUUCCCAUGACUGGACCGAGUGUCCAUUUGCACACCCAGGUGAAAAUGCUAGGAGAAGAGACCCAAGAAAGUUCCACUAUACCUGUGUUCCGUGCCCGGAUUUUAAGAAGGGUACCUGUAAGAGAGGCGACUUGUGUGAAUAUGCUCACGGGGUCUUCGAGUGUUGGCUGCAUCCUGCACAAUACCGGACAAGGCUGUGUAAGGACGGGAUGAGUUGCAACAGGCGGGUUUGCUUCUUUGCUCAUACAAACGAGGAACUGCGCCCUUUAUAUGCUUCUACAGGAUCUGGUUUGCCAUCUCCGAGGUCUUCUUCUGUUUGCGCCUCUACCAUGGACAUGGCCACUGUAUUGAACAUGUUGCCCGGCUCACCAUCUGCUGCUCAACAUUCAUUUACCCCGACCAUGUCUCCCUCUGGAAAUGGCAUGGCACAUCCACCGAUGGGUUGGCCUCAGCAAAACAUUCCGGCAUUGCAUCUUCCCGGAAGCAAUCUCCAACUGAGCCGGUUGAGGUCCUCUCUGAAUGCUAGAGAUAUUCCAGCCGAGGAGCUUAGCAUGCUGCAAGAUUUUGAAAUUCAACGUCAGAGGCAGCAGCUAGUUGGUGAUAUGUCCAGUCCACGCUUUAUGAAUCAUUCUGGUCGUGUGAAGAGUCCGGCCCCUUCAAAUCUUGAUGAACUUUACUCACCUGAGGUUUCAUCCCCUCGUUUUUCUGACCAACUCGCUGUCUCAUCUAUUCUUUCUCCUUCGCACAAAUCCGCACUUCUCAAGCAGAGCAUGCUGGCUCCGGUCAAGACAAAUCUCAUGUCUCCGAAGAAUGUUGAACACCCUCUGCUGCAGUCCUCAUUUGGUGGAUCCUCGCUGGGAAAGAUGUCCCCUCGAGCUGUGGAGCCUAUAUCCCCGAUGAACUCCCGCCUUGCAAGUCUUUCCCAACAGCAGCUACAUUCGCGUAGCCUCAGCUCCCGUGAUCUUGGGUCCGCUGAUGUUGGUUCACCGCUAAGUCCGUGGUCAAGAUGGGACCAGUCCAAAGGCAGUAGUAAGGUGGAUUGGUCGGUUCAAUCGGAUGAACUGGGUCGUUUGCGAAAGUCACAUUCUUUGGCUAACCCGAGUGAUGAGACUGACGUUUCAUGGGUUCAACCUUUGCUAAAGGAAUCAGCAUCAAGGUUCAACCCUGCAGCAGCAGGGCAAGCGAGACAGGAGGGUUGGAGUCUAAACCCUCAAAACGAUGCUCGGGAGAGCGAUAUCCUCGACGCAUGGCUUGAGCAGUUGCAGCUGGACCGAAUGGUCGCUUAGUUCAUUCAUUCACUCACACACAGACACCCCUUUCAAAAGAUGAUUGAUUCGUUUAUUUAUUAUUAUUCAAGAAGCACACAAAAACAAAACCAGGUAAGCUUUUGGUUUCCGCUCUUCAUUUGUUUCGGAUUACAGAGCUCGGGAGAUCUAAUAACAACUCAUAAAGGGCCCAAGUUUCUCUUUUAUUCAGAUCUCUUGUUGAAAAUUUCUUCCUUCGUUUUUUCCCCUUCAUUCCUCAUUGUUUUUUCCCGAAUUCCUCAAUUAUUAUUAUGGUUUAUACUAAUAUUGUGAUCCGUCUCGUCUUUCACUUGUUAUUAGUAUUCAUUCACUUGUGAUGAAUUUGUCAUAAAGAACAUUGUACGAGGAACAACUAAUACUUUCAAUAAGAUUCAGUUAUCAUUCUUC